AUGGCGGCGUCCAUGGCGUCGCCGCGGGGGCGGUCGAUCCGGAAGACGGUGCUGGAGACCGUGGCGGCGUACCACCAGCAGCAGCGGGCCAGGCGGAGGCUGCGCAAGAGCCUCACCUACGCCGGCGGCGAGCUCUCCUCCGCGGGCGGGGCCCGGGGGGACGGCCCCGCCUCCACCUCCGUCUCCUCGCUCUGCGGGCCCGACGACGACGACGAGCCCUUCUGGGAGGAGGAGGAGGGCACCGUCGAGCUCGUCCAGCUCGGGGCCAACCGCGCCAAGAACGUCCUCAUCCUCAUGAGCGACACCGGCGGCGGACACCGCGCCUCCGCCGAGGCCAUCAAGGACGCCUUCCGGAUCGAGUUCGGCGACGAGUACCGGGUCUUCGUCAAGGAUCUGUGCAAGGAUCACGCCGGGUGGCCGCUCAACAACAUGGAGAGCUCCUACAAGUUCAUGGUGAAGCACGUGCAGCUCUGGAAGGUGGCCUUCCACAGCACCUCGCCGAGAUGGGUCCAUAACUUCUACCUCGCCGCUCUCGCCUCAUUCUAUGCCAAGAAGGUGGAGGCUGGACUGAAGAAGUACAAGCCAGACAUCAUAAUUAGUGUCCACCCCCUCAUGCAACACAUUCCUCUGUGGGUUCUCAAAUGGCAAGGACUACAGAACAGAGUAGUCUUUGUAACUGUGAUCACGGACCUCAACACUUGCCACCCUACAUGGUUCCAUGCUGAUGUGAACAGAUGUUACUGCCCCUCAGAAGAAGUUGCCAAGCGGGCAGCACUGGAUGAUCUACAACCUUCUCAAAUUCGCGUGUUCGGUCUUCCAAUUCGACCAUCAUUCUGCCGUGCAGUUCUUGUUAAGGAUGAUUUGAGGAGGGAGCUUGAAUUGGAUCCUGAGCUUCCUGCAGUGCUGCUCAUGGGAGGUGGAGAGGGCAUGGGUCCUGUCAAGAAGACUGCCAGAGCUCUAGGAGAAUCAUUGUUUGACAAAGAGCUUGGAAAACCAAUUGGGCAGCUUAUUGUCAUUUGUGGCCGGAACAAAACGCUAAGCUCCUCACUGCAGGCACUUGAAUGGAAAAUACCAGUAAAGGUUAGGGGAUUUGAAACCCAAAUGGAGAAGUGGAUGGGAGCUUGUGAUUGCAUUAUAACAAAGGCUGGACCAGGAACCAUUGCUGAAGCCUUGAUAAGGGGUCUCCCUAUAAUCCUUAAUGACUUCAUACCUGGACAGGAAGUUGGCAACGUCCCUUAUGUUGUGGACAAUGGUGCAGGUGUGUUCUCAAAAAGCCCUAAGGAAACUGCUAACCUUGUUGCCCGCUGGUUUGGUCCAGAUUCAGAGGAACUGAAAAAAAUGUCAGAAAAUGCACUGAAAUUGGCUCAGCCAGAAGCUGUCUUUGACAUUGUCAAAGACAUUCAUGGGCUCUCUCAGGAGCAAGGCGUGAUAUCACAGAUCUCUAGUUCCUUGACUUCAUCCUUCUUCAUACCAUCACCUGAAACCACACCUCUCCAACUUAUCUGA